UAGGGCCAAGGAGAGAUUGAACAUUUCAUUAGACAAGCCUUAGAGAGAGUUCGAGCCCUCGAACGGUCCGUCGACACUCACCAUAAAAUCGCGAAGAGUUUUGUGACCAUGAUGGAUGAUCGCUUGUUGGCCAUGAAUGGUGUGCUGUCAGGGUGCCAGGAAUGCAUAGAGGGGAAGGCUAGAAUCACGGCCUCUACUUCAGGGAGAACUGCGUAUCAGCUGCUCCAACCCUUGAUUCGCCAUCUUGAACAACAGGCAUCUGCAUUGACGGACAGUGUGCAAGAAGUGAAACGCUUGGCGGUAGUAGUAGAGCAGCGUCACUCCACCUUAAUUCGUGUCUACGCGGUGCAGAAGAAGCAGGAUCAGGCAAGAAUCAAGAAUGCCGAAUCGCGCUUGAAAGGAAAGCUCUUGGAUAUCAGAAAGCCCAAGAUAGCAAUGGCAUAUCAUAAGCUCGAAGGCUUGGAAACUAAACUAAAGGCCUUUGAAACGGAUUGGAAACUUCGGCAAGUGCAGUUCCAGGAAUUUGAGGAACUCGUUGACAAAGUUCAAAAUUGUUCAAGAGAGGUGCAUUCUAUCUCUUCGUAUAGAUUGCAACAUUCUCAUCUUCCCCCAAGUUGAUGAUACCAGUUGAUGUCGAACUAUCAGAGCAGUCCACGAAUACCGAUUAGUGGAUAUCUAGCUGCAUUAAACCAUUGAGGCUCUUUAUCACCAUCUCCGCGCAAUGCCAGGCAAUGCCUGCUCGAUUGCCAGCCGGCUCCAGAGUGACCAUAACUAUGCAAAACCGGUACCGAAAUACUCCCUCUCUUCAAACGUAAACCGCUGUUUCGUACAGGCCGGAAACCGACAACUUCUUUCACUUCAAUUUAGUUGAGGUCUUCUGGCAUUGCUU